AAUAGCGCCUGCCGCACGGCAGAAGAGUUGGUGCGUGCUUCACUUAGCGACAAGAGAGUCAGUAACUGUUGCGAAAAGUGAAUUUCACCGUGGAACCACCAAGCCGGUCAUCAUUUCAUGCCUGGUUCAAGACGUUUGAAGAGAGGGUGCAUUCGCGAAGGCAACACUCGGGAGGGUACUCUGUGCGAGAGGAAGACGUGGACGGCGCGCUGUUUACGAAGGAGACAUGAUGAAGGACGUCAUUGAUGUGAUGCAGUUGCAGCGUGAGAAGAGUAAACACAUUCCAGCCUUUGACUACACUCAGAAGGAAAACAACUUCAUUGCAGUGAGGUUCAUUUUCGAAUGUGGUGUUAAACUGGAUGCACAGCCACUGACGAUUGCGACAGCUGCUGUUUUGUACCACAGGUUUUUUAAGGAAGCUGAAUCAACUGGCUAUGAUAUAUAUCUGAUAGCGUCCACGACGCUCUACCUGGCCGGCAAGGUGAAGGACGACCCGCUCAAGAUACGGGAUGUCAUAAACGUGACCCACAACACGCUGCACAGGGGCUCCGCCCCGCUGGAGCUGGGCGACGAGUACUGGAACAUGAGGGACGCCAUAGUGCAGGCGGAACUGCUCGUCAUGAGGAUGCUCAAGUUCGAAGUGACGAUCACGCAUCCGCACAAGUACAUGUUCCACUACUUGAAGGCCCUAGAGAGCUGGUUCUCAAGAGAAGAAUGGGCCAAAUCACCAGUCACAAAAAUUUCAUUUGCUUUCCUGCAGGAUUUCCACUUUGACCCAGCAAUCCUGGACUAUGAACCACAGCACAUUGCCAUUGCUUGCAUAAACCUGGCAAUGCAGUGCUACGGGAUCCAGGUGCCGCUGAUGGACGAAGGGGAAAACUUGUGGUACACUCCUUUCUGCCAAGAUAUCACCAGGGAAAAACUCUGGGAGAUUAUGGAGAAGGUCAUGGAGGUUUACAACAGUGAAGAAAUGCCAUCUUAAUUUCCAUGCACAUUCUAACUUAUUCUUUAUCUGAAUUAUGUUACGACUAUGAUGUUUGACUGAGUGCAGUUUUUAAGAUUACUUGCAAUUGUGUAUAAUUUUUUUUUCUUAAACUACAUGAAAAAGUUAAAUGUGAAAGUA